CCUGCUUCCGUAAGAACGGAUAGUGUCGGCUUCUCCCCCGGCGACAAUCCACGCCGAGCGAUGUCCGCGCCGUCGUGGAGAUGACGGCCUCCGGUCGCCGGCAAGUCGCGUUCUUUCCGUGACGGAGGAUGUGAUUGCAUGGCUCGGGCGACGCAUCCGCAUCCUUCCUCCCUUCCCGUUUGCCUGCCCGCCCGUUUGUCUGUCUACCGACCCGCCUGAUCUGCCUUUCUUUCCUUCCAUCGCUGGUCGGGACGCGCGAAGAAAGAAGUGGCCGGUGAUAAAAUCGCGCGAAGAAAGCGCCGGACGACGUCAUGGCGGUCGCGGCGAACUCUUUCGACGCCUGGCUCAGCAAGAAGCUGCAGGCGCUCAAUACGGACGAGGGCGUAUUCGGCACGUACAUUAAGGGCAUCCUCGAGGGCGACGAGACCGAGGACGAGAAGACGGAGGCGCUCGAGAGCAUACUCGCGGGUAUAACGGAGGAUAAUAUUAGCAAACAUGUAACAGAAAUUUUGAGCGCGUGGGCAGAGUGGUUGCCAACUGAGGAGGUGGCCGCUGCGCCUGCACCGACGGAAGAUGUUGAUGUCAGACUGGCAAAAAUGUUAGAAUCUCAAAGUCUGCCCACAACAACACAGAGAAGUUACACUGAAGAAGAGAGACGAAUACGAGAAGCUAUUUUAGCGCAAUAUAGUCAAAUGUCGGACGAGGACAAUAGUGAAGGAGAUGGAGAAGAGGAUGGAGCAGGUGGUGGGGACUGUGGUAUCGAAAAGAAUUUGAACGCAGCUACUAUCAUACAGCAAGAAAGAGAAAAGAGAGAGAAGGCUAAACUUGAGAGUCAAAAGAAAAAGGAAAAAGACAAGGAAGAUAGAGAGAAGCAAAAGCAACUAAAGGAAGAGAAAAAGGAGAAGAGAAAAACGCAAAAGGGAGAAAGGCGGAGGUAGCAUCGAAAUAAAAGCGUUGAGAGAUUUAUUUCGAGAUUAUCGACUACAUAUGCUGUGGUAUUCAUAUAUGUCUAUCUAUAUUGUCGUGCAUGCAACGAUCUCCGACAAUUAUUUAAAUCAAUCAUCGAUCUUGUAUUCUCAUUAGAAGAACAUGUGUGUAGCAUUCAUCUGUCGUUAGAAAAAAAACGAAUUCACUGAGUACGAAUGCAUAAUCGCUAAGAAGCGAUAAAUCUUUGCGAUAUAAUGUUGAAUUCAUCCUGUGCCUUCUGUCUUUCUAAAAUAUUCUUUUCUUCAAAAGCUUUGUUAUCUAUGUAUACUUGCGCUUUUGUUCUCUUUAUUCAUUCUUAGCAUUCUAAUUUCAUAAUCUGUCAGAGCUCGAAUCUAUUCUCAUUAAUUAAAUUUGCGUUGUAUCUCAUUAUAUAAAGUAUACUGUAUUUAUAAUACGAGUAUGUUAAAUAAACUAUUUAAAUCACUGAGAUCCGAUAUUCAACAUUGUAGAACAUGGAAAUCCAGAAAAGGAAAGUAUCAAGGGAGGCGUUCUCAUUAUUUGUAUACAUAUUUUCUUUUAUUAGUUAUAUAUUUACACACAAGAUACCGAGUCGAAACCGAGUCAUCUUGGUAUUGCAUUAAUAAUGAAAGACAAACGCAGUAAGAUAAAAACAAACGAACAAAUGAUACAAAAGAUGAUGAUGCUUCAGUAUCGUAUCAUUACAUACAUAUGCAUAUGUAUAUAUGUAUACGUUAUACACACAUAUAUAUAUAUACACAAAUAUACGUACACUGUAAAUGUCAUUAUAAUAAUCAUUUAUUAUUUAGCAAUUCUCUCAUUUGCUAUAGUUAAGUCUGGGCAGAAAUUGACGAACUCGCACGUACACGUUUAUAACAAGACAUCCGCAAUUGAACGCCAAA